ACUUCCCGUCACAAUGCUGAACUGCUCUCAGUACUGAACUGGUCGCCGUGAUUUAGCCAAGACAUGUUCCUGGAUUAACAUUAUUGUCCAAAAAUAUAGAUUUAGGCCAACAUAUAGGUGUUGAUACAGGAACAUGUUGUACUUGGUGAAAUCACGCUCACCGGACUGGACUACAGUUUAUGACUCAGUUGAAUGUGAUGCUCAGAUUCACAAACCAGCUCCACGCCCACCAAACAAAAGCGGAGGGCGACUCACGCGCUGGACGAAAAACUCGGAUUUGUCCUCGAGAACAAGUUACAAGAGAAAGAACAUGCGGGGAAACGUGAAUUCUGGCUUUGUUAUGAACGUUAUCGAGCUGGAGUCGUUUGUGAACAGCCCUCCUGCUGGAUUCAGUGUCGAGAACCGCGCGGGCUGCAGAGUCGUGAAAUGGGCUCAGGAGAACAGCUGCGUGUUCAUCGAUGAGAUCCAGUCUAGCAAGGGGAAAGUGAUUUUCUUUAAUUCUCCGGGAAGGAAAGUCAUAGUACGUACUUUGAGGGAGUACACAGAUUUGAGACGACAGCUAACGUCAAAAACAAUUUACAUCCUGGUGUCUGCGUGCACCAAAACAGAGGUCGAAGAAAAGAGAAAGAGAGAUGUUCCAGUUGUUGGGUAUUAUGUGGUGGCGAUCAACGGCAGUCAUCCAAUGAUCAGAUGGGAGAUGGAAAGAGGCUUAGACAUGACUAUUUCAUCUGUUGCUGGAGAAAGUUAUACAGUUGAUGUUGAUGUUAGUGCUGCAAUACAGGGAUGGGUCGGUGAGAGCCUUCAAAUCCUUGUUGAUGCAGAAAGGGUAAAACCUAUCUGGAAAGAUGCACAUUUCACCAUCAAGUACCGUUCUGACGCCCUUUUUGACUUUCCCUACUGGUUUGGUUUCAGCAAACGACAGUUCAAGGUCACGUACCAUGGAAGAUGAGAUCAACACCCACAAUGUUGUGUGAAACAGCAAAUAUCUACUGCAAACAGGCUUCAGUCUGUGGAAAUUGAAGCCCUGCACAGAUGAGGAGACCAUUAAUGCACCUUAAAGGACAGUCUUACUGUGAAUUGAACUUUAUUUUGCUCAUGUCAGCAGUCAUACAAAAAAAAAAAAUCACAAAGAAAAGGAGAUCAAUGGAACAUAAUCUUAAUUAUAAAUCUGUUGAAGCAGAAAGGUCAAUUUCAUAAAUCCUCACAUUGUAAACAAACUCAAGAUAGGUCAAAUACUUCUCUCUAUGCAAAAGUGCCUGAAUGAGUUACCUUCAUUGCUUUAAAUGGGUCAUAUCACGAGGAAUCAGAGGGGGAUCUUUUUGGAUUACUGAAAUCAAUCCAAAUAAACAGACAAUUAUAUUAUCUAACCUCACGUUACGCUUUAAGUUGACACACCUCUUGUGCUGUUUCUGGCUUGUGUAGCACCUACUGCUCUGCAUAUACUUACAGACAAUUAACAGAAACCUGCAGUUAGGGCUGGGCGAUAAAACCAUAAUUAUCAUGAUGUAAUUCUCUUUGAUGAAACGAUAAGAGUUCGUUAAAUGUUCAAUAAAAUGUUUAUGGACCAAAAACAAAACAAUGAAAUGUGCUUGAAUUCAGCAAAUAACACAAAUGACUCUAUUUUAAACUAAUUUAAAGCCAACUUAAGCAGUGUUGAAAAACAGGAGAAACACUGCGCAACGAUACAUUUAGAGGACUUUUCAAUGUACCAAUCACCAUGAUUUACCAUGGAAUUACCAGUAACACUAACUGCACCAUGGUAUUGUGGCAGGAAUGUGGAAUAAUUAUAUGAAAUUUUAUGAUAAUAUUAAUGUAGACAUAAAUUAAAGCUGCAGUCUGUGACUUUUGAUGCUCUAGUGGAUAAUAAACAGCUGCUUGCAUCUUGCGGAAGAACAUCGUAGCCGGAGCUACUUCUCUCUGUUUAUGUCUAUGAAGAAUCACAAAGGUACUGGGUUACUCCGCCACGGUACCCCCGAAGCAAUCUAAAAUAGUCCGAAUAUAAACACUUACUAUAGAUGUACUCUAGUGAUUCAAGACCAGCUAAAAACACGGUUUGGACAAUGGAUUCAUGGUGUACUCACUUAUUAUAUACAUUUUGUAAAUUUUGAACAGAAACUUAUGGACCGCAGCUCUGAUUGGUUAUUUCUUACCGGGAGCAGAUGAAUUUCUCCAAAUGGCAAUAGGACCACUGGGAGGAGCCAGAGGAGCUUGAUUUUUUUUCACAGAUUAUCUGUCUCAUAUUCUUCUGUCAGGACAUAAUGACAGGUUUAACAAAUAUGUAAAAAAAUAUAUUUUUUACAAAAGUUACCUACUGCAGCUUUAAAUGUAUUAAAAGAGUAAGGGAAUAUACAUUUUUUUUGUGAUCAAGCUAUAGCAUUUGUGCAUUUAUAUUAAAUGUGACUACUGUUUUUUUUUUAAUGCAAAUAACUAGAAACAAUAUAAUAUGGAGGUGGUGUGGUUUUAACUGUGGGUGAUAGUAUGCUACUAUGGAAGACCAGUGGUUAAUUUUAAUAAAAGUAAAACUGUCAGAAUAAUUACCUUUCAAUAUCUACGUAUGAGGUAAUCACGAUUUGAAAUUUAUUGAGAUAAUUAUCAUUAUGAACUGAUAUGAGCAUUUAAUUGUGACAAUUGUUUUGGCCAUAUCGCCAUAUCGCAGUCCUUUGUGCAGUUAUACCCUGAUAAUUUCAUUCUGACAUUUCAUCACUAAUUAUUUUGUAACCCUGUCAUGUAAUACAGCCUUUGCAAAGAGGCUGAGGAUUUUGCUGAACUAUAUUUCACACAACAGGAAACCUGCAAUCCGGUGCCAUAGCAGAACUUGCCAUUUUUAAAGGCACAGUAACCAAAAAUUUAAAUCUAAAGCUUAAAGAGGUGUGAAAAUGAAACUUUUUUUUGACAAAUCUUUACUAAGCUUACGCGUUGACCUCAAUGAAAAAACUAAAGCAUGAUAUGACCCAUUUAAAACAUUUCUUCAAAUAUCACAUGCUGGGAUAGUAACAGUAAAAACAGUCUUUUGUUGUUUUGUAAAGCUUUUUUAAAUGUACAUAUUAUAUUGCAAUUAAAUGCCUUUGUGACCAUCA